AUGUUUGCAGACCUUUUGGGAAAAACAGUCCCCUUGCUCCCCGGCCGUUUUCUAGUAGUGCCUUUCAAGCAGACAGAAAGAGUGUCUUUUAUUCAACCCCUGCGUGCCUACAUUGCAUCUGCUUUUGCUGAGGAUCCAGAUCAAUAUAUCGAUGAUUUACGGGCUCUUGAUGAAUAUCGUGCUGCUAUCGCAACACCAGACUUGCAUGAUGAAAGUGCCAAUCAGCAUCUAAGAUACUAUGCCCAAUUGAACUUUUUGUCUGGAAAGUUUAUCAUGGACGAUGACCAUAUUCGCAUCGCAUUCACCUGGGCCAGUGCUCUAGGAAAAGAUAAGGAAUUCACUUCAAGCUACAAUGUCGGCUUUGAAAAAGCCAGCGUUUUGUUCAAUUUAGCUGCGUUGUAUAGUCAGAUUGCAGGAAGUGUCAGCUUGACCUCUGAGGAAUCUUACAAGAAAGCAGCAGCUUAUUUUCAACAAGCUGCUGGUGUUUAUGCCAUGAUUGUUGAAAAUCUUCCGCUCUGGAAUAUUGCAGGAUCUAGUUCUAUUCAACUGAGUGCACUCUCGCAAUUGAUGCUUGCUCAAGGGCAAGAAGUAUUUUUUGAAAAAGCACUUGCAGGGAAGAUGAAGGACGCCAGUCUCGCCAAGCUUGCAUUGCAAGCAUCCCUGUUUUACAAUGCUGCAUUUGAUGGAGCAAGUCAGACUCAAGUGUUUGACAAGGCGUGGAGUAGCUACAUGCAAGUCAAAAUGCUCCAUUUGAAAGCUAUUGCUCACUACCAUAAGGCGAUGGACUCUUUGGGCUCUGGAAAAUAUGGCGAGCAGAUUGCAUGGUUGCAGGCUGCUUUAGCAUUGUCCAAAAAGGCAUUAGAUGCAAAUGUCAUGAAAAGCGUCACUCUUGCUUCUCUACCUUCCGAUAUCAAGGCUACGCAAACAUUGAUUGAAAAGUCACUUUUGCAAGCAAACAAGGACAAUGAUGUUAUUUACAUGGAAAUCGUUCCUCGUGCAGAAACCUUGACAGCUAUUGCACCGGCACGUAUGGUCAAUCCAACCCCUAUGCCUGAUACUGCAUCCCUUUUAAAAAUAAUCGAAAAACCUUUAUUCAAACAUUUGGUUCCAUUUGAGAUUCACCAGGCAGCUUCUGAAUACGCUGCAAAAAAAGAUGCAAUUGCUAAAGAUGUACAUGACAAACUGACAGAAUCAAUUUCUAUUGCAUUUAGUACCUUGGCAAGUUUGAAUCUUCCUGGUGCAAUUGAGGCUCUUGAACAGCCAAUUGGUCUGCCAGAAUCUGUUAUUCGUCGUUCUGAUGAAGUACGUGCUCUCGGUGGAGAAAAAGGUCUCGAGUCUUCUUUCAAAACUAUCAAUACUCUUUCUAAGCGAUGUUGGGAUAUCAUCAAGGACACCAUGGAGGUUCUUGAUAAGGAAGCUGCUGAAGAUCAAUCCCUUCAUAUCCAGUUUGGUGCAAAAUGGACUCGUGCCACAUCUGGGUCGCUUGCUGAUAACCUACGCGAUGCAGAGAAACGAUUUCGCAAAAAGCUUCAAGAUGCAGACAAUUCAAAUCGUCUUGUUCAAACCAAAAUGGAAUCUCAGGGGCAUUUGAUUGCUAAUCUAGGACUAACUCGCUCAGAGCUCGAGGCAUCUGUUCCUGCUAGUACUUCGGGGACAACACUGGCUCUUAAAGAUCCAAAUCUUAGGCAACUCAAGACUUUACUGGAGCAGCUUAAUGCAAGCAUCAAGCAAAGAAAUGAUUUGAUUGCAAAAACAAAGGCAGAUGUGCACAAUGACGAUAUUACUCCCAAACUUUUAGAAGGCGCUGCUAAUGGCGCUUUGUUUGACAAGACUGCAGCAUUGACUGAUCAGUUGAAAAAAUAUGAUGAGACAAACAAUCAAGUUAAAGAAAUUAUAAGUCAACAGGAGCAGCUGCUCAACUCCAUUGUGAAUUGCAACAAAAAGUUUGUUGAAUCGAGACAAACAAAUGAAUUGAUUCGAGAUCGAGAAAAUGCACUGCAAUCACUCGAAAACGGAUACAAAGCAUUCAAGGAGAUUUCUGCCAAUCUGGAUGAAGGUGUCAGGUUUUACAAUGAUAUGGAGGCAAGUCUUGGAAAGUAUCUGUCAAGUUGUCGCGAUUUUACUUUAGCUCGAGAUAUUGAAAAGAAGGACAUGAUUUCUCAAAUUCAGUUGGGUGUCGCAAGCAUGCACUUUGCUGAUGGUCCAGGGCAAUCUUUGUCUAGUCAAAACACAUCUAACCCUUAUACUCCAAAUGCACCUCCUACUGGAUCUACCUUGCCAUCUGCAUAUCCUAGUCUUCAGAGACCUGCAUUGUUUCCUGCUUCAACCCAGUCUGCAAUGCCAAUUCCAGGGACGUGGAAUUCCACUCAACCACUUCAGUAUGGACAGGCUCAACCAGGAUACGGCACGUGGAACCCAGCUCAACCACUACAAUAUGGGCAGCAACCACUACAAUAUGGACAGCAGCCAUCACAGUCGCCUGCUACAGGCACAUAUCCAGGCCAAUACAACUAUGGGAGAUAUCCUCAAUCGCCACAGCCACCACCGCAUCCUCCCCGAUGA